AACUGUUAAUGCUUCUGUAGCAGUCCUUCACCCUCACUUCCCUGCUCGUACACUAAAGUACCACAGCUGAGACCAGAUGGCAGAAGAGAAGCUGGAAAUGAGCAAUGUAGAGACCACUUUGAUAUCAAAGCCAAACAAAUCCCCACCCCCUCCAAGCGUGUUUGAACGCCUGAUCCAGCCCUGCAUUGCUGAGGUGGUAGGGACUACCUUUUUCGUCUUCAUUGGAUGCGUCUCAGUCAUUGAGAAUGUGGAAGCAGCAGGCAGAGUGCAGCCAGCGCUGGUGCACGGCCUGGCAGUGGCCGUCAUGGUGGCUUGCAUGGCAGAGAUCAGUGGCUCCCAUUUCAACCCACCAUUCACCAUUGCAAUCUACCUCUGUGGAGGCAUGCAGCUAGCUAUGGUUGGCCCAUACAUUAUCAGUCAGCUGAUUGGAGGUUUGCUUGGAGCUGCAAUGUCAAAGGUAAUGGUACCAACUGAACGCUACAUUAAUGCUACUGGAGCAGCCUUCUCAAUCCUCAAAUCUGAUGAGCAGCUUCCAGGUGCCAUCUUUGGAGAGAUGGCAAUGACAUGCUUGGUCACCAUGGUGGUUCUGCUGGGAGCUGUUAAUAACAAAAGCAAAAGCCCCAUGGUGCCCUUCUUGGUGGGCUGCACGGUUAUCAUCAACAUACUGGCUGGAGGUGAUGUGUCCGGCACCUGUUUGAAUCCAGCCAGGGCUUUUGGACCCGCAGUGAUGGCUAAUUAUUGGACGUACCACUGGGUGUACUGGGUUGGCCCUAUCGGAGGCUGUCUGGUGGCAGCUGCUUUACUCAGACUGCUACUUGGAGACGAGAAGAUCCGAAUUAUCAUGAAAUAAUUUUUAUGCAGUUCAUAUUGUAUAUUAACGUGCCUCAGCAUUAUCUUUAAUUUUCCUUUCAGUAGUAGGUAGUGUCUGAGCACAAUUACCCCAGUGUAAAAAGAAAAUAUCUUGCCAUCUUGCCUUCUGUCCAUUCUGUCUAUUUUGUAAUAUUGUGUUUGACUGACAUGAUUAAAAUGUACUACAGAAGAAGAAUAAUAAAGAAAACUAUCUCAAAAUCAAGCCCAGCCAUCUUAUCUGAACAGAAAAUACCCAGUAUCUCCUCAGCUGCCACCUCAAUAUGUCUGUGCUUCCAUUGCAAGGUCAAUCCAUUGAGCCUGUUCUCUAUCACUUGAAAGCACAACUUUCCCAUAAGUCUGUUCAGCCUUUCUCUCUGUAGGCUAUCAUGACAGGAAGCACUGAUAGAAAUAAAACAGUAGUUUUUCAUUGCAGGUAUUCAAUGCAUUUAUUGUAUUGCAAGUGUGGUGUCCCAAAAUAAAAAUGAAUCAUAAAGGUU